CCCCCGAGUGUCAAAAGGUGAGGCGAUAUAUUCCGUACAUGCUCGAGCUGUCAAUCAUGUAACUGAUUUGUCCAAUGGUUUUGGCACAUUUUCCCGCCAUCCGGUGAUAUUUUCACUUUUUCCCGCUCUCUGGUACAAAUUAAAUGCGCAGUUUCAGAAAUUCGGUGGAGGAAGAUGGACGUACUCGGCGACUCCGAUGACUUGAUUUUAAGCCAAGCGCUUGAAUCUUUUGAAAACUUUGAUGAAUUGGACGAAAAAGAUGUUGAAUUUGGAAACUUUACUUUCGACGUUGAUGAAUUUUUAAAGGAGUUAGAAAAACAGGAUAACAUUAAAACUGAACAAUAUGACGUCAGAACCGACCCUCCGGAACGUUUCGGCAAACCAGUGAAUUCUACAGAAAUAAAGGAGCUUCACAAAAGUCAGGAAAGUACCAAUACACGACGCAAUACAUCUUGGGGAGUUAAAGUUUUUGACGACUGGCGAAAAUCGAGAAACGCUAAUUCAGGUUUAGAAAUGCAACUUCCUGAUUUACUAUCGUGCAGCUCACAAGAUUUAGACCAUAUUUUGUCCUGCUUUGUGAUCGAGUGCCGCAGGGCUGAUGGUAGUCCAUAUCCACCUAAAACCUUGUACCAGUUGUGUGCUGCUAUUUUAAGAUUUAUGCGAGAUAAUGAAAUCGACUUAAAUUUUCUUGACGGUAAAGAUAUGCGUUUUCGGAAUUUCCGCAAAACAUUAGAUGCCCGAAUGAAACAACUCGCCACGGAGGGAAUAGGUGUGACAAUUCGACAGGCGGAUCCAAUUUCCCCCGAAAUGGAGAACGCGUUAUGGGAAGGCGGACAUCUGGGUAUGAAAACGUCAGUUGCACUUACCAACACAAUAUUCUUCUACAACUGUAAAUUAUUUGGGCUCAGAGGUCUUGAUGAACAUCGUUCAUUAGUGACGGAGCAGUUCAAGCUCGACAAGAUUAGUGACAAAAUGUUUAUUACAUUUUACGGUCGUACUUCCAAGAACUUUGCGGGGGGAUUAAAUCAGCGAAACCUAACUGCCAAGGAAGUAAAACACGACUGUGGACCCGACGGACCUCGGAAUUUAUUUCAUGUGUACCAAACUUACAUUGACAUGGUUGGACCGGGAAGCAUGUACCGUCGUCCAUUAGCAGGUGAGGGACUGAAGUAUUCCAAGCAGGUCAUGGGAGUAAACAAACUCGGGAAAAUCAUCAAGGAUAUGUGUAGUGGGGCUGGCUUCCAUGGGAAUUUCUCCAACCAUUCGGGCAAACGAACAUGUGCUACAAAUCUAUUUCAAUCAGGAAUAGAGGAACAGCUUGUAAUGUCCAGAACAGGACACAGAAGCACGGCAGUUCGGAACUACAAACGACCAAGCCAGGAACAACUUAGUGCAGUAAGCAUGGCGCUAAAUCCACCGAAAUUGGGCUCGGAAGAAAACGAAUGCGCGGCAGAAUUCGAAGCCAAUAAUAGCAAACUUCCAAAGUUAAUGGUUGAUCCAAUGCGCACCCCAAUGAUCAACAUUACAAACUGUAAUGUCCAUAUUUUUGAUGCAGGAAACAAGUAGGCCUAAUGUGUAUAUUGAUCACGUAACAUUUUAAAGAACUGUUCAGUUUUUGUUUCAAACUGUUAAAGAAACAGAACAUUUCAAUUUUAAAUUUUCAUUUUUUUUUUUCAUGUUUACAAUUUGUUGAAUAAAGUUUGUUGCCAGUAUUGUGUGUUUUCUUUAGCCAAUCGCCAUGAGGGGGCGUAUCUAAUUAGUAUGCAAAAAUAUCACAUAUGUGAUAUUCAAAUAACAAAAUUGUAUGCGAUAUAUCAGUCGAGAAACAUCAAAGAAAAAACACCGCA